AUGGUACGGCCCCAGCGGUCGGAAAGGGCGGGGCCUGCGCCGGAAAGGGAAGCGCCAGCCGCUUCAAGACGGCUCGCGUGCGCCAUGGCUGUCCCGUGCGCUUUGGUCACCAGCUGUGCUGCGGGCUUCCCAGGGGAGGAGCUGGUGAAACGUAUCACCGGAGAAGAAGAGCUUCCUGGGCACAUUGCUGCAGAGAGCGGAGCCCGGUUUUACCCCUGGACGAUAGACAACAAGUACUACUCAGCUGCCAUCCAUCUCUGUGUUGUGGCAAACGUGUUUCAGGUGACGGCGGAGAUUGCUGAGUCUGUCCAGGCUUUCCUGGUUUACUUCGACAGCACAACAAUAUCUGGGCUGGAUGCUGUCUCUCAGUGGCUUCCUCUUAUAGAAGACUGGCUACCAGAAGUGAUGAUCUUGGUCUGUGACAGAGUCUCUGAAAACGGCAUCACCCGGCAGAAAGCGCAAGAAUGGUGCAUCAAGCAUAGCUUUGAGUUGGUGGAAUUCAACCCAGAGGAGCUCCCGGAUGAGGACGAUGACUUUCCAGAAUCUACAGGAGUGAAACGAAUCAUCCAAGCCUUGAAUGCCAACGUCUGGUCAAACGUGGUGAUGAAAAAUGAGGCAAGUCACAGCUUUGCCCUUUUUCCAGCCUUAGCAGGAGCGGAUCGCAGGAUCGGGUCAGAAGAGAACGCAACUCCAGAAGCCAACUCUUUGCCGGCAGAGAGGGCACAGUCUCUGGUGGAUUCAGAAGAAGGUGUGGCCCGUGCAGAUGGGAUCCAGGCUGACCCUGCUGCUGACCCAGCACUGGACAUGGAUAUUCAAGAGCUUGCUAGCCUCACCGCAGGAGAAGGAGACAUCGAGAACUUUGAGCGACUGCUCUCCAAGCUGAAGGAAAUGAAAGAAAAGGCUGCCAUCCUGCCUCGCGAGCAAAGAAAGCUGCAUGCCGAAAAGGUUGCCAAAGCCUUCUGGAUGGCCAUCGGAGGAGACCGAGAUGAGAUCGAAGGCUUGUCUUCCGAUGAGGACAACUGAGGAAGGGGCGUUGCAGACUGGAAUGGGAUUCUCGUGUUGGAAGCACAGCGGUGGUCAGCUGCUGCAUGAUUUUGACAAAGGCCUCAUUUUCUCUGCAGCAGCAGCAGCAGCAGCAGCAGCAGCAGCAGCAGCAGCAGCAGAGACUCGAGGGGGGGUGGUCACUGGAGGCUUAGUUCAUUAAUGCUCUUCUGCUCUGAAAAGUAGCUGCCUCCAUUGUCUCCUUGCCUGGAUUCAUCAAGGGGAACGUGGGCCUUCAGGUGAACAGAACCGGGUUCCAAGCUAAAGAGAGAGCUGCCUGGCAUCUUUUGGAUAGACCAAUCAUUGUCCCAUUUGCCUUCUAACUUGUCUUCAUGUCAAAAUACAGCCUAAAAUCUGGAGGGGAAAGUUGGUAGAAAUCUAUUUGUUAGGAGUCUUGAUGUCUCUAGACCCUUAAAAGUGGAGAAACACUGUGCUAGAAAGAUGCAGCUUCUAUGGGCUAAAAUUCAUUUGGAAUCGGGCCCUGAGCAUUUAUCAAAUGCUCGUUGGCCUAGCAGCCAAGGGGAAAGGGCUUGCAUGCGCUCUACCUGCCUAGCAGCUGCAAAAGAACCAGCACAAGGAGAAACAUCUGGAUGUGUUCUGGUUUUCUCCCGUGUGUCCUGUCGCUGGCAACUAGAGAGGAUGCUCGCAAUUCCCACCUUGCUUGAAAGAGGCUGUUGCUCGAGCAGCCUUUGGAAACAAUAAAGGGAGGGCUUUUGUUUGGGGAGGGGAGCACAUCUCUGCAAACCUGCAGCCAGGAAGGUUAGGAUUCCCCUGGGUUUAAAGGACCUUAUGCAGGAGCAGCAAGGCUGGAUCUGUGGGAGGUGGCAGGCCAUGCCUGCUGCUGUUUGCAAAAGGUGCGUAAAUCUCAGUGCUCCGUUAGUGUCAGAACAUGAUUAGUUUCAGCGGAACAAAGGAAACUCCAACUGCCCUCGGGGCUGAAGCAGCCUCUCAGGCAGUUAAAGCACUUUAGAGUCCAGUUGCUGUGGCUGGAAACGAAGCUCCUUUUCACCACUGCAGCCUGCUGGGAUCCCGGCAUUCCUG